AUGGCUAGAAACGGUUGUUGGAGAUUUUACCUUUGGAUUUGUGUCGUCGUAUUUAGGUUUACAUCGCCUUUAGCCAAAUCCCUGGAAACAGUCAUAUGGAACACACAAAAUCCCAAGUUUCAGAGUGGAAAAGGCCUCGUGAUCUAUCCUGACAUUGGAGACAAACUGGAUAUAAUCUGCCCUAAGGCCGAUGAGGCCCAACCGUAUGAGUACUACAAACUGUACCUGGUCAAGAAAGACCAGGCUGAAGCUUGUAGUACAGUACUGGACCCGAAUGUGCUGGUCAGCUGUAACAAGCCAGAGAAGGACAUAAAAUUCACUAUCAAGUUCCAAGAGUUUAGUCCUAAUUACAUGGGCCUGGAGUUCAAGAGGAACAGCAACUAUUACAUAACAUCAACAUCCAAUGGCUCACUGGAAGGUCUGGAGAACAGGGAGGGAGGUGUCUGCAAAAGCCGGUCCAUGAAAAUGAUUAUGAAAGUUGGACAAGACCCAAACGCAGAGCUGCUGCCGGACACAGUUCCCACUGGUCCCUCGAUGCCAGAGUCGCAUGUCAGGACCAGCCCGGCAAACACAUACAUGGGGCAGCCUUUAGAGCCCGGUAACACAGAAACCAUCAAUCAGAACAGCAAGAGUGACAACGAUAGCUUCCUUUCUUCCAAGAUUGCAGUAUUUGCAUGGAUUGGUGCUGGAUGUGUCAUUUUCCUUGUCCUCAUCAUCUUCCUGGUCAUUCUGCUGAUCAAAAUCCGGAAACGAUCCCAGAAGCCCUCACAACCUCGGCACGCUGCCCUUUCCCUCAGCACACUGGCCAGUCCCAAAUGCUCAGGCAAUGCCGCCACUGAAGCCAGUGACAUCAUUAUUCCCUUACGGACAGAGAACAACUAUUGUCCCCACUAUGAGAAAGUGAGUGGGGACUACGGUCACCCUGUAUACAUAGUGCAGGAAAUGCCACCUCAAAGCUCUGCCAACAUCUACUACAAAGUAUGA